UCCCCUUAGAUGCAGAAACGUGCGGGAAACGAGUGUCGAUGUCAUCCAAUAGUUUAUUCAGCCGUGUUCCAGUCAUCGAUGUACACCAGGAAAACUUCCAGGAAGUAUGGCCAUCGUUGGUCCUCGCCAUCAAGUCUGCAACAUUCAUUGGGAUGGAUUUGCCCAUUUCUGGUAUUGUUCUUCUGCCCAGGGCAAUGGAUGAUCGGUACAGAACGAUGGCAGAUGUGGCCAGGACAAGGUCUGUUCUCUCAUUGGGUCUGUCCUGCUUCAAGUGCACAAAUAUCAAGACGACAGAGGUCAAGGUCAAGGACACAGAACCCACUUCGCCGUCUAAAGCCAAGAAUGACUGGAAAUACUUAGUGCAGACAUUCAAUAUCCUUGUGCUGUGUGAGGAAGACUUUAUAGUGGAGCCCAUCACCCUCAAGUUCCUGGUUGACCAUGGGUUUGACUUCAACAAACAGUAUGCGAAAGGAAUUUCAUAUUAUAGGGGAAAUGAUAAGCAGACAGACCAGGACUUCAAGUCUCUCCGAAAGCUCAUGAACAUCCUGGUACUGAACAAGAUUCCGGUUGUGUUCCACAAUGCUCUGGUAGACCUGGUGUUCUUUUACCAGAGCUUCUAUGCCUCGCUUCCUUCAUCGAUGGCAGCAUUUGUCACAGACCUGAUGGAAGUGUUUGAGGGAGGAGUGUUCGAUACCAAGUAUAUGACAGAGUACAUGGAGAGACUGCCAGCAUCCUACCUAGAGUACGCCUUCAGACGAUGCCAGAGAAAGAACAGCUUUUCGCUGCCUCAUGAGAGGGAUGUUGUGAGCCUUGAGUUCCUUGACUACCCUUCAUCCUACACAUACGUUCGCUACAGCCACUGUGAACUGCCGCACACGAUGGUGGAGCGAGGAGACGAUGUUGACAGCGACCAUCUUCAACAAACACUCUGUCAUCAGUAUGCUUCCUUUGGGUGGUGCCAGCGUGGCUGUAGCUGUCCAAAGUCACAUGACAUAGAUGACAUCAUUGACUUGGAUGGAAUAAAAGGAGCAAGAAAGAGUCGAAAGAGAAAGCGUCGACGUCAAAACCAAUCAAACUCAUCCGUCAAUGACGAAGAAGUGACAGAGGAGACCGAUGAUAGUACCGAAGACUCAGGUUCAAGGAACGAAGGACAGGAGGAGUCUCAUCCAAGUGUGGCAAAAAAAUCAAGAAUUAUCUCCCCUGUUCCUGAAUCCAAUGAAACCCCAAACAAAGUAAAGUCACAUCCCGAUAAAUCUGGUUCCAACAUGUCGUGUGAUUCAGGUUUGAAAAAGGCACCAAACAUGAGUGACCUUGGCAUUGCCAGAAAGGAAGGUCAUCGUGCAGGAUACGAUGCCUUCAUGACAGGAUACAUCAUGGCCUACUAUUUCACGAAGUAUGGAAAACUGCCUGCAGAAACGAGGCGGAAUGUGAAGCUGACGGACUUGAAUGUGGACGAGUUUAAGAAUAAGGUUUAUUUGUGUGGAAAGGACAUUCCAUUGGUGAUAACCAAAAGUUCUUUCACAAAAUCUUCCAAGGACCAUCGUGAAAAAAUGCAGAAAAUCAAAAGUUGAUGUUUGGAAAAUAUGAAAAUACAUGUCACAUUCAGUAUUUACAGGACAUUGCUGACACUGCCUUAUGAAUGUAGAGCAAGGAAGGUAGCUGUGUUGGAACUGUCUCCUAAAGACUACUCUUGAAGUCAGUGCCAUAAUGCAGUAUUCGUGCAAUGGAAUCUGUGGCUGUAAAACAGCUCCAAGUAUGAGGACUUUGGGUGAGAGUAGGGCCCGGUUACUAUGUACUAUCUAAAAUUAAAGUCUAUGAAUGCAAAUUGUGACCUUAUGAUAUCAACUGGUAAUUUGAAUUUUUGAUAUUCUGCACAAUCUGCCCGAUCUGGACUUUUGUAGUACCAUGGGAUUUGUCCUGUUUCACAUUAAGUAAGAUUGUCUACUAGCUCAAGUAGUCAUAACAUACAGCAAUAUCCCCAAAAUGUUUGAAAUUCUGUUAGCACUACUUUCUUUAAAUGUUACAAAGUAAACAGAUGCCAGGAUUAGUGUGAAUUUAGCAGGAGGUACCUCCCUUGUCAUGAUAUGAACAUAAAAGUUCAAAAACGAUUUAUCCGAAUUUCAAUUUUAAUAAUAAUUCAUUUGAAAUUGUUAUGUUCGAUUAGAAAAAGUCAGAAAAUUAAAAUCUCUUGUAAAAUGGAACUUCCCUACCUAGAGGUCUUACAGGUUAUGCCAAAUGGGGCAUAUUUAGGUGAGACAGCAUGCUAAACACUGUUAUUUGAGUACUGUUGAGACUGAGAGGCAAGUAUGUUCCUUUGAUUUGUGCAAUAAUUUCUUAUUUCCAUAAUCACAGAUCUCAGUUCUUUGUUCUUGGGAAUUGGAGUAGCUAAGUUGUUUAAGCAUUCAUUCCUGUUGAAGGUCCAGGUUUGAUUUCCAAAUGGGUACAUUGUGUGAAGUUUAUUGACAGUCUCACAUGGUAUGGCUACAUAGCUGCUGAAAGGGGCAUAAAACCAAUCCACACCACAGGGUUCAUCCUCGAUAAUCUCCAGGGUAUACGUUACGAUCUCUCCACUAUACCCUGGAUGCAUCCACGGCUUGGGGGCAAUGAUUUUAUUACCUCCCUUGG